CACGAGAUUUCUCUCUUUUAAGACACCAAAAUCUCGUGUCCAAGCACGCGUUCCACGUGUCUCCUUCACACGAUCCGUCUAUCCCACUCCUCACGUCUCUCUCGCUUAUACGCACGCCUCAUUCGUGCCAAUCACUAAACUCGCACACAUACAUCCGUGCCAACACGCUUGGCAGCCAACACACGCGCGAAACCCUAGUCUUUCGCACGCAUUCAAUCGCUCACGCGCCUCCUCCUCUUGCCGGCCGGACCCGACCCGUACCCGCCGGAAAACCAUCUAUUUCUCCUCCUCUUCUAAGGUUCUGCGCUCUCCCGGCAUCCAGCGGCACUCCGUCAACCGGAGCUGGAUUUUCGCCCGGUCGCCGGGGGAACUCAGAUUUGCGCGGUGCGAAUUCGAGGUAAAGUUUGGUUUCGGCGAGUUGGAAGAUGGAUCAUUGCUUUGAGUUUUGACGGAGAAGGGAACACAUGAGGAGACGAUUUGAGGAGGUAGUGGUUAAAUUUUGGUGGUGAUGGAGAAUUAUCGGCUUGUGAGUGGCGAAUUUUAGUAAGGGAGUGGAUGCUUGAGAAUUAAGCAAGAAAGUAUGACUCGGUUUACUGAGUAAUCUGUCAAGGAAAAUCUAAAGUAGCCCAGAAAGGAAAUAACAGUUGAUGUUGCCACAUCUUUUGGAAGAUGUAAGCCAUUGCAUUAAUUACUAAAAGUUAGAGAAGUAAUGAUGGCAUUUGCCUUAGAGAAGUUGUAACAGUAUAGUUGUUACAAUUAAAAGUCAAGCUUUAGUGAGAGAGGUUAUGGCAACAGAUAUGCAGAAAUUGAUUGGCACUGGUGAAGAAGAUGAUGAUGAAGACGUGGAGAUGGAUGUAAAGGAAGAAGAUGAUGAAGAUGAAGAGAACAGAGAGAAACAUAUUGCCACACAAGUGAUGGUGGGGGUUGAUGGAGGAAUGCCGCCAAGUGGCAGUAGUAAUCAGUUUCAACAUCAUCAGCAAAUUCAAGAGCAAGUAAGCACCCCGGGUGGUGGAGGAGGCAACCGGAGAUGUAGACCACUUGAAGAAAAGGAGAGAACAAAGCUAAGAGAAAGACAUCGGAGGGCUAUUACUGCAAGAAUCUUGGCAGGCCUAAGGAGGCAUGGGAAUUAUAAUCUAAGGGUGAGAGCUGAUAUCAAUGAUGUCAUUGCGGCUCUGGCCAGGGAAGCUGGUUGGGUUGUACUUCCAGAUGGAACCACAUUUCCUUCAAGGUCACAGAGCUCAAAGCCUGUUGGUGGCACUUCCGCAGGGAUGACUUCUUCAUCUUCGCAUAUGGCAUCCCAACAGACUCCACCACCUGUCCUUAGAGGAGUCUCUUCUGGAUACCGAAGCUCCAUGGAAUACAAUUCAUGUCGCAUGAAAGGUGUUUUUGUCCCUACUCCUUCACCUUAUGAUUUAUCCCCAGUUGCUCGGUCUCAGACCUCAGUCAUGGUUGGAGAUGGAGGGGUUCAACCGGAGAGUCAUCCUCUUAGCGGAAAUUCGGUGGAUACUCUCAAUGACAAGCAGGUUGUUGAUAUACCUUCAAAAUUAUCUGAGCGCAAUUUUGCUGGCACUCCAUAUGUUCCUGUUUAUGUAAUGUUACCGUUAGGUGUCAUCAAUAUGAAGUGUGAAUUGGUUGAUCCAGAUGGUUUGCUAAAGCAAUUAAGAACGUUGAAGUCAGUCAAUGUAGAUGGGGUUAUGGUCGACUGUUGGUGGGGAAUUGUAGAGGCACAUGCUCCCUUGGAGUAUAACUGGAGUGGUUACAGGAGGCUCUUUCAAAUGAUUCGUGAGCUUAAGCUUAAGUUACAGGUUGUGAUGUCCUUUCAUGAAUGUGGUGGCAAUGUUGGCGAUGAUGUUUGUAUUCCCUUGCCUCAUUGGGUAGCAGAAAUUGGUCGACAUAACCCUGAUAUAUUUUUCACUGAUAAAGAGGGAAGGCGAAACCCUGAAUGUCUUUCAUGGGGGAUUGACAAGGAACGAGUUUUAAGGGGUCGAACUGCUCUUGAGGUAUACUUUGACUACAUGAGAAGCUUCCGGAUAGAGUUUGAUGAUCUCUUUGAGGACGGUAUCAUCUCCAUGAUUGAAGUUGGACUAGGCCCCUGUGGGGAGUUGCGUUUUCCUUCCUGUCCUGUGAAGCAUGGUUGGAGAUAUCCUGGUAUUGGAGAAUUUCAGUGCUAUGAUCAGUAUUUACUGAAGAGCUUGAGGAAGGCAGCAGAAGCAAGGGGACACUCUUUUUGGGCUAGGGGACCAGAAAAUGCUGGUUCUUAUAAUUCUCAGCCACAUGAAACGGGUUUCUUUUGUGAUGGAGGUGAUUAUGAUGGAUAUUAUGGUAGGUUCUUUCUUAAUUGGUACUCCCAGCUUUUAGUCAGUCAUGGUGAUCGGGUACUCUCUCUGGCAAAGUUAGCAUUUGAAGGCACCUGCAUUGCUGCAAAACUAUCAGGUAUUUAUUGGUGGUACAAAACAGCCAGUCAUGCUGCUGAAUUAACUGCUGGGUUUUACAACCCAUGUAACCGCGAUGGUUAUGCUGCAAUCAUGGCAAUGCUAAAGAAGCAUGGAGCUGCUUUGAAUUUUGCGUGUGCAGAAUUGCAUAUAUUAAACCAGCAUGAGGAUUUGGCAGGGGCACUAGCAGAUCCUGAUGGGUUGACAUGGCAGGUACUGAAUGCUGCAUGGGAUGUAAACGUACCAAUUACAACCGAGAACGCUCUUCCUUGCUAUGGUAGAAUUGAGUAUAAUAAGAUACUGGAUAAUGCCAAGCCACUUAAUGAUCCAGAUGGAAGACAUCUUUCAUCUCUUAUAUACCUUAGGCUCAGCACAACUCUCAUGGACCGACAAAACUUCAUGGAAUUUGAACAUUUUGUCAAGAAAAUGCAUGGGGAAGCGAUUCUUAAUUUACAGGUAUAGCAGGGAGGAAUAAGGUUUCUCCCAGAUUGUGUACCAUUUGUCUUACCCCUUAUGAAGCGUUGGGGUCAUUCUGUUAAUGAGUUAGGCAAAUAGCAUUGUUAAAUAGUUGCAAGGAACUCCUCUGUAAAUGACAUCAAAAAUGCAAAGAAAUCAGUUUCUAUGAACUGAGGUUCUUGACAUGCUCCUAGUUAAUUUAGGUUGCCUAGUGUAUAUUUAUAGAUUCAAUUUCACUAAUGAGAGCAGAGAAAAAUUCUCUUUCUCGCCUGUACUCCACUCUUAGUGAACUAUUAGAAUUUUUCAAGUUGCUAAGGUUGUGCUAUGAUUAGUUGUGCAAUGCUCUAGUUGGAGUAUUCGUUUUGGACCGUAUAAUGUGAACUUCAUUUGCUCAA